AUGUCGGAGGUGCUGCCCUACGGCGACGAGAAGCUGAGCCCCUACGGCGACGGCGGCGACGUGGGCCAGGUCUUCUCCUGCCGCCUGCAGGACACCAACAACUUCUUCGGCUCCGGGCAGAACAAGCGGCCGCCCAAGCUGGGCCAAAUCGGUCGGAGCAAGCGGGUUGUUAUUGAAGAUGAUAGGAUUGAUGACGUGCUGAAAAAUAUGACAGACAAGGCACCUCCUGGUGUCUAA